AUGGAGCAGACGGUAGUUCUCAUCACUGGCUGUUCGUCAGGAAUCGGACUCAGUCUUGCCAUCCAUCUCGCAUCAGAUCCAUUGAAAACAUACAAAGUGUAUGCCACCAUGCGUAAUCUGGAUAAGAAGCAGCGCUUGCUGGAGAGUGUGAGAGACCUGCACAAUGACACCAUGGCCAUUCUGCAAAUGGACGUCACAGACCAGCCGUCCAUAGCGACAGUCCAGAGAAGCAUCACAGAGGGACGAGUGGACAUACUGGUGUGUAAUGCAGGUGUGGGGCUGAUGGGCCCCCUGGAAGCUCAAUCAGAAGAACUGAUGAGAGGAAUCUUAGAGGUGAAUCUGCUGGGUACAAUCCGCACCAUCCAGACCUUCCUGCCCGACAUGAAGAGGCGAAGACAAGGACGAAUCCUGGUCACUGGCAGCAUGGGAGGGCUACAAGGUCUUCCCUUUAAUGAGGUGUACUGUGCCAGCAAGUUUGCAGUCGAGGGUGUCUGUGAGAGCCUGGCCAUCUUGCUACAACAGUUCAGUAUCCAUGUGAGCCUGAUAGAGUGUGGGCCAGUGAACACGGACUUUCUGAGGAACCUGAAGAAGACAGAGGUGAGUGACGAGUCUGUGGAAGUGGACGCACACACACGCCAUCUAUAUGAGAUGUACCUGCAGCACUGCGAGAACAUAUUUCAGAACAUAGGACAGGACACUGAUGACAUCAUUCAGGUCUUUAUGGAGGUGAUCCAGGCUCAGUGUCCAGUCUUCAGGUACUUCACUAACAGUGCUCUUCUCCCACUGAGUAGCCUCAAGCUGACAGCUCUCGAUGGCUCACAAUACAUCCGGACCAUGAGUAAACUUAUCUUUUCUCCUGCUGAGAGUGCAGACACAAAGAAAUAA